AUGCGAGAGAGAAUCCUCCUCUUCCUCAAGGGGAUGUGUAUGGGGAUCGCGGAUGUGAUCCCGGGGGUGAGCGGCGGCACGCUGGCGCUCGUGCUGGGCGUCUAUAAAGAGUUCGUCGACACACUGCGCGGGCUCCACCCGCGCGUGCUGCUCACGGCCUGGCGCUGGCUCUCCGGCGGGAGAAAGCCCGAGGAUCUCGAGCAGCUCAAACAGGAGCUCCUCGACCUCAACCUCGUCUUCCUCAUCACGCUCGUCGGCGGCAUCUUCACCGCCGUGCUCAUCGGCUCGACCUUUAUCCCGUUCCUGAUCGAGAAUCACCCCGUGCCCACGCGGGCGUUCUUCUUCGGGUUGAUCCUCGCCAGCGUGUACGUCCCCUCGAAGAUGAUCCAGCGCGCGAGCAAUUCUGGCGCGAUGAUCGGCGUGGCCGCAUUGCUCGCGGUCGUCGGCGCCGCCUUUGGCUUCUGGGUGACCAACCCCGCCAAUGGUUACUCUGGCGCCAGAGACACCGUGGCGCUGACCUCGACGGGUGAGACGAUCAAGGAUAUCGCGCGGCGAGGGCCAACCUCCGCGACGCUCGAGCAGAUCUAUUGGGCCAGUGAUAACGCGGCGCUGCGCGAAGCGGUCGCCAGGGAGACGCCCGAGGUCGCCAGCGAGCUCGCCGCGCUGCGCGAAGCCGCCGGCAAGGAGCAGCUCGACAAGAAGGCGCUCAAGGCAAGGAGCGUCCCCUACGAGGCGGUGAUGGUGCCGAAAGGGACGAGCGUCAACCUGCCAAGACCCGCGCUCUGGUUUAUCGGGAUCGCGGGCGCGGUGGCGAUUUGUGCGAUGAUUUUGCCUGGGAUCUCGGGCUCUUAUAUUCUUCUUAUCUUCGGGGUGUACUUCUUUAUCCUGAACGCGCUCAAGGGGAUGCUCUCGCUGCUCGCUUCUGGCACCGUGCCGUUCAACCACAUCCUCUACCUCGGGGUGUUCGGCGUGGCGCUCGUCGCGGGGAUCCUGAGCUUCGCGCGGGUGUUGAGUUUUUUGCUCGAUCGCUACGCGGCGCCUACGUUGGGGGUGUUGGUCGGGCUGAUGCUCGGCUGUCUGCGCGGGAUCUGGCCCUUCCAGCAGGUCGUUGACGAUGCGACACGAGCCUUUGUGAUAUGGAGGUACGAGGCGAUGGGGCUGCUCGAUUCGAUCAAGAAGACGUUGGGGAUGGCGACGGGAGAGUUCGAACUCCGCGUUCAACCUGAAGGAUGCCACGUGGGCGGUACGGUCCAGGGGCAGCUCGUGUUGCACGCGCAGAAGGAGCUCAAUGUCUUCUCCGUCAACCUCGAGCUCCUCCACACCUUCCCCGAUGAUUACGGCGUGAAGAUGCAGGAGGUCUUCGACGGCCUCGUGCUCGCCGAGCGCAUCUCCUUGCAGGCUGGCGAGAAGCACGAGUGGCCUUUUUAUAUGGAGAUUCCUCCGCAGGUCGCGCCGAGCCUCGGGAACUUCGGAUGGAAGCUCCGCGCCGUGGCGACCUUGCAAGGCUCCAACCCGAUCACCAAGGAGCAACUCCUCCAGAUCAAGAUGUCCCCGAUCAUCUCGACGGUUGUCGAGGCGAUCCAGACACAGUUCGGGUUCACCUACCGCGAGGCUGGCGCGGACGAGGACGGCAUUUGGAUGACCUUCACGCCGGGCGCAUCCAUCAAGGCGCACAAGCGCUCGCUUGAGAUCGCGUUCGAUGAGCAGGAGGAUGAGAUCCUGCUCUGGGUCGCGCUCGAUCCGUUCAAGCCGAGCGUGAUCCAGCGCUACCGCAAUGACUUCGACGAGCGCGAAGGCUCCAUCGAGAUCGAGAUCGAGAAAGGCGCUGACUUUGACGGCGACGAGAUCGGCGACGCGCGUGACAAUUGCCCCACCGUCUCCAACAAGGAUCAGGUGGACUCCGACCUCGAUGGUUUGGGGGACGCUUGCGACAACUGCCCCAUGAUCGUCAACCUCGACCAGGCGGACGAGGAUGGCGACAACGCGGGCGAUGUCUGUGACAACUGCCUCGGGCUCUCGAACCCUGGCCAGUCCGAUGUUGACGGCGACGGCCUGGGCGACGCCUGCGAUCCUGACUCGGAUGAUGACGGCGUCGAGGAUGUCGAUGACAACUGCCCGCUGGCCAAUAACCCGGAUCAGGCGGACGGCGACGGAGACACCGUCGGUGACGCGUGUGAUAACUGCGCGAUGAUCUCCAACGCGGAUCAGGCAGAUGGCGACGGCGACCGCAUCGGCGAUGUGUGUGAUAUCUGUCCCACCGCGCUCGAUCCACUGCAAGAGGACAUCGACGAGGAUGGCUUCGGCGACGCGUGUGACAACUGCUUCUUCUCGCCAAACCCCGAUCAGGAAGACGUCGACCUCGAUGACGUGGGGGACGUGUGCGACAACUGCCCCGACGUGCGCAACACCGAUCAGUCCAACCUCGACGAUGACGACUUCGGCGAUGCCUGUGACCAGGAUAUCGACGGCGACUCCAAGGACAACAGCGUCGAUAACUGCCCGUUGGUGCCAAAUAUCGAGCAACGUGAUGGGGAUGGUGAUGGCGCGGGUGAUGUCUGUGAUAACUGCCUCGGCACCGCCAACGAGGAUCAACUCGACACCGACGAAGAUGGUGUCGGUGAUGUGUGUGAUAUCUGCCCCGAGGAUGCCGAUCCAGCACAGCGUGACGCCGACGGUGACACCAUCGGCGAUGCCUGCGAUGUGUGCCCUGACAUCCCCAAUCGCGAACAAACGGAUGGCGACGGCGACGGGGUAGGGGACCAGUGUGAUAACUGCCCCGGGCUCGCCAACGAGGACCAGACCGACCAGGAUGGCGACGGCAUCGGCAACGCGUGUGACAACUGCGCGCAGCGCCCCAAUGACCAGCAAGAGGACAACGACAACGAUGGCAUCGGCAACUCGUGCGAUAACUGCCCGACCAUCGCCAACACUGACCAGGCAGACGCGGAUGGCGACGGCAUCGGUGACGCCUGCUCGACCUCUUGCACCGGGCCAGACUCGGACGUCGAUGGCAUCGCCAACCGUUGCGACAACUGCCCCAACUUCUUUAACCCCGGUCAGGUCGCGCAGUCGCCAUCCUGCGAGCAGCUCGGCCUGCCGAGGCACUGGUUGGUGGUGCCGCAAGAGAGCGGCGAGGAGAGCCUCGGGCAUUUGUCACUCGAGGUCUUGAUGCAGUUUCGGAUCUCGCCGGGAGCUACACACACCGUUGUUCCAGACCCAGACCCGCCUCCAGGUCAAAAGGCGGUUCCUCCGCAGGUGUACUCCGGCUUUGACUUUGUCACCGAAGCCUUCACCUUCGAGAACUUCGGAGGCGCCGGGGUCGCCACACAAAUCAACCCACAGGUGAUGCAGCGCAUGUUUGGCGCCGAGGCCGUGUGCGUCGAGGGCUCAGAUCCUUGCGUCCUGACACCUCGCGCCAACCUCUGGAUGCGUGGGACGAAUAAGACCCUGGAUCAGGGGCGAAGCGAGGGCUUCGCGGUCCUCUCGUUGAUGUUUCAUUCAGGACAGCUCGAUCCAAAGGAUUACGGCGCCGAGAACGUCGCCGACCUGACGCUCGAUGGGAACAUCGCGCUCCAGGAGGAGUUCGCCUACUGGGCGGCGACUCAGGCGGUGCCCGAUGCCGCCAAGGCGGAUGUGCGCUACCUCGCCGCGGAUGUGAUGCCAUUCCUCGCCGAGGCGCUCGCCGAGGAGAGCGAGAAGCACUAUCGCCUCGCCAUCGCACAACGCACAGAGGUUGGCUUUGCCAGAGGUCACGCGCUCACGCCUAUCGGUUAUUUCAAGGAUAACGAGCGCGAGGAUACCUACUGGCUGCGUGUCUAUGACAACAACUUCCCCUCGCGCGAGCAGGUCCUCGAGGUUCACCCGAAGGCCAACACAUGGCGCUACGAGGUCCCCGGAAUCGACGGGACCCCGAUCGUCUACGAGAGCACCGAAGAGAAGCCGAACUACCUCUACUUCGCCGCCAUCGAGGAUCGUCUCGGCGCCUUGCCCGCGCCAUUCGACGAGGACUCGGAGUAUCUGGCGCAGACCUAUUCAGGCGUCUCCAUCGUGGCCUCGAACGAGGACGGCGAGGAGACUGGUAUUCGUGACGGCGAGGUGAUCGAGGCCGAGGGUGAUUGGGUUCGCCCGGCGUUCUCGAGGUGUCCUCGUUGCGGCACGGCGGUCGCGAUCGUCAACCAGGCCACGCUCGCCAAGGGCUUCAAGCCAAAGCGCAAUAUCGCCGUGACCGCUGCAGAUGGCGUAAGGUCGACCGCUUCGGGUGACACCAACAAGGCCUCGGUGCAAAACUACGGGUUGGGCUUCUCGAGCAACCUCGAGGCGGACAACCCCAAGGUCGGUGACGCCGCGACGUUUGGAGAGAACGGCGACGUCUCAUACUCCUCCAAGAACAAUGAAGGGGGCGUGACCAUCUCGUCGACGCGUAUCAAUGGAGAUGGAACGCGCACCACUGUGACAGUCACGGUCGAGGGCUCCAACGGCGACGUCUCGGUCGAUCUUGUCAACAACGAGGAUGGCACCACCAGCGUGUCUGUCUCCGGGUUGCCCGAAGGCUCAGAUGUGAACGUCACCUCGACGACUCAGGAUGGCGAGGGCAACUCGAAGACGAACUCGUUCGACUACACCUCCAAUGGCGAGGAUUCGCGCGCUACGGUGAACCCCGGCAUGGAGAAUCGGGUCACGCUCGAUACCGAUCCUGCUGACGCUGCGAUUUGUAGCAACGGGAUGAAGGACAGCUCCGAGACGGAUCAGGAUUGCGGCGGCUCUUGCGGCGCGACCUGUGGUCUGGGCAAGGCCUGCUUGAAUGACGGCGACUGCGCGGCGGGUUUCUGCGAGGGCAACCUGUGCGCAGACCUCGACCCCGAUUGUGACAGCGGCUCUCAGAGCCCUGGCGAAACCGGCGUCGAUUGCGGCGGCAGUGUUUGUGAUGCGUGCGUGGCGACGUCGGGGCUCGAUACGCCCGGAUGCAACACCGCAGCAGAUUGUGACACGGCCAUUUGUGUCGAGAACAAGUGCCGCGUGAAGUUUCCGAUCUAUGCCGAGUUCGAUCGCUUGCCUGACGCAGGUUCGAGCUAUUGGCUCGUCGUGAGCCUCGACGGCCGCAACAAGACGGUCUCGAUCGAACCUGUCGAUGGCACGCUGCGCUACAAGAUCGGGGAGGCGUACUCCUACGAGUUUGUCAGCGCCGAGGCUUGCUCGCCGGUGGUUUCGACGAGUCAAUACGCAGGGCCAACCGCCGAAUCGCCGAUGCGCGCGGAUGGAACGCUCAAGAUCGAUUGCCCGGAGCCAAACGAAAACCGGAUGAUCGUCAAGCUGAACUUCUAUCUGAACUCCUUGCACCUCGAGGAAAACAAACAAAAACUCGAAGGCGAUCCGAUCAAGAUGGCGCUCAGCGUCGAUGGUGGCCCGAUCCAGCUCAUCGAUAUCAAAAAGCAGCACACAGAUCUGGGGGUUUACCAGAACUACUGGGCGAUCAGGGUGAUUCAAAACCCGAAGAGGACGGACUACAAGGUCGGCUACACACUGGGCGAAACCAAACCGAUUCGCGCAGAGCUCGAUAUCGGACGCUAUCGUUUCCGAGACAACGAGUUCACCGACGCAGGGUAUCUGUUUGUCGCCAGGCCUGACCUGAAGGAGGUCUUCUUCAGUGUGAGUAAGGCGGACUAUCGCAAUGGCGUGGCGACCUGUUCAGACAAUCGCCAAAACCAGGACGAAACCGGGCACGAUUGCGGGGGGACCUGCGGUGGCUGCAGGGCGAAUAACACCUGCCUGACAACCUCGGAUUGCGCGAGCGGGUUGACCUGCACUGGAUACGUCUGCCGCGAGUCGGGGACGUGCUCGGAUAUGACCAAAAACCAGGACGAGACCGACGUCGAUUGCGGUGGAUCUUCGUGCACCGCGAGGUGCGAUGCUGGAGAGUCCUGCCAGGCCAGCAGUGAUUGCGACACGGCCUCGGGCUACGCAUGCGUCGGCUCGACCUGCAAGAUCGAGGUCUGCAACAACAACACCAAGGAUAUGAACGAGUCCGACGUCGACUGCGGCGGUAGCUCGGUGUGCGGCGCUUGCGGAGAUGGCAAGGCGUGCACCGCGGGCACCGACUGCGCCUCGUCGACCUGCAUCGACAACACCUGCCUUCCCGCGACCUGUGGCAAUGACACCAAGGACGCUGGUGAGACCGAUGUCGACUGUGGUGGCACGAGCUCGUGCCCCCGUUGUGCGCGCGCUCAGUUCUGUCUGAACACGUCUGACUGCGGCACAGGUCUCUUCUGCGUGAACAACGGGUGCUACCCCGAGACCUGCGGCAACAAUAUGAAGGACCCAGAUGAGGUCGACGUCGAUUGCGGGACCUCCUGCGCCUUCGCGUGCCAGCUUGGCAAGAGCUGCAAUGAGACCGCGGAUUGCACCUCCGGGGCGGUUUGCUCGGGCAAUGUCUGCGUUCCAGCAUCUUGUGGCAACAACAUGAAGGAUGCGGACGAGUCGGAUAUCGACUGCGGCGGCAGCUCGAGCUGCGACCGAUGCGUCGGUGGGCAGAGCUGCACGAUGGAUGGCGAUUGCGUCAUGGGCAACCUGUGCGUGAACAGCCAGUGCGCGAGCCCUGACUGCAACAACGGCACGCAAGAUCCUGGCGAAGCGGACGUCGACUGCGGCGCGGUCUGCGUGAACAAGUGCGGUGAGGACAAGAUGUGCGGCGGAGACGCGGACUGUCAGGCGGGUUUGACCUGUGACAAUGGCACCUGCAAGGACGCCUCUUGCUCCAACAACGUGAAGGACCCCUCCGAGGGUGAUGUCGACUGCGGCGGCUCGUGCGCGACGAAGUGCAUGAUCGGGCAGUCUUGCAAUCAGUCCGCUGAUUGCGCCAUGGGCGCGGCCUGUGACAACGGGACAUGCUCCAUGAACCUCUGCGGCGAUGGCACGAAGAACCAGGACGAGACCGACGUCGAUUGCGGAGGCAUGACAUGUGGUGCGUGCAUGGCCGGGCAGAGCUGCACGCUCGAUUCGGAUUGCGCGGGCAAUGACUGCGUGUGCGGCGCGAACUCCGGUAACUGCUCGAACGCUUCGGGCACGUGCGGCGCAGGUCAGUACUUUAUCGACCAACCUGUCACCGAUGGCACGACCGCUUCGGGGACCUACACGAUCCCGGCUGGCUGUACGAGCCUCUACGUCCAGGCGUGGGGUGCUGCUGGUGGCGGCGAUGACUUUAUGGGCUUCGCGAGCAACCUCGGCGGCGCGGGCGGCUAUGUCGAGGGCACGCUGACGGUCGCUCCUGGAGAUGUCGUCACGGUCUGGCUCGGUCAGGGUGGAAGCUCCGGGUUUACCACGCAGGGGGCAGGUUCCUACCUGGGCACUGCCGCCAACGGUGGCGAAGGUGGCUUCAACUCGAUGGGGUCUGAUCCAGGUGGCGGCGGCGGUUUGACGAGCGUUCAAAUCACUGGCAGCGCGACGCAGUCGUUUGUUGUCCCUGCUGGCGCUGGCGCCUCCGAGUUUGCCGAUGGGAUGAGCAUGAGCGUGAUGACGACCGCAGGCACAACCACGGCCGGCUACGCAGGUGCGGUCGGGAGCGGCAACCAGGGCGGCGGUGGCGCAGGUGAUCCGGGCGGCGCGGGUGAAAACCCCGGCGCCUACGGGACGCUCCCCGCAGGGCUCACGCCGUAUGACUCGAUCGAAGACCCCAACACCUUCAACUGGGUUCCGGGAGGGACCUCGAACGCCGACUACAGCCGUUGUCAGGGCGCCAACAGCAUCGACGCUGGCGCUGGCAGUGACUUCCUGGGCGUGGGUGGUGAUGGAUGUGUCGUGUUGCGCUGCGUGGCGCCUUGA